AUGUCUUCAUCGCUCGAAACUCUUCCAAAGUUUGAAGAAACCGAACCGAACCGACGGCUGGGCUUCAGCUGGAGACCGGAAGUGCUCUGUAAAACGGCAGACCUUCCUCAGCAGCACGUCUGUAAGGAGGAGCAUCUCUGUGACCCAGACAGGAGUCAGAGUCUGGACCUGGAGCCUCCGCAGGUUAAAGAAGAACCAGAGGAACUCUGCAGCCAGGAGGAAGAGCAGCUCAUCAUGUUCCAGGAGACUGAGACUUUUACUCAUAAAGAAACUGACCCGAGGGAACCAGAACCUAACCGGACCCUUUCUUACAGCAUUUUUGCAUCUGAGAACCAAAACCCAGGAGGAAGAAACCCUUUAAACAGAUCAAUAAGAAACUCAGACCUGAAGCCAAAGAAAAGUUGCAAAGGUUUAAGACUUCAAGUCAACGGUAAAACCUUAAAAGAGCAGAGAGACAGGAAGCCGUACGCCUGCAGCACCUGUGGGAAAAUCUUAAACACUACUCAGUCUUUAAAUAAUCACCAUAAAAUCCACAGCGGAGAGAAGCCGUUCUCCUGUAGAAUGUGUGGGAAAAGCUUCCGCCACAGUAAAACUUUAACGCGCCACCUGAGAACGCACACAGAGGAGAGACCGUACUCCUGCCAGACGUGUGGGAAAGGCUUUAAAUGUACGGAAAGCCUGCUGGUCCAUGCCAGGACUCACACGGGCGAGAAGCCAUUUUCUUGUGAGAUGUGUGGAAGAAGCUACACCCUGAACGGCAGUUUGACCAUCCACAUGAGGAGCCACACCGGAGAAAAACUGUUCUCCUGUCAGAUCUGUGGGAAAAUCUUCACCCAGAAUGGAAACCUGAUGGUCCACAUGAGAACGCACACAGCUGAGAGGCCGUUCCGCUGCCACACUUGUGGGAAAAGCUUCACUCAAAGUGAUCAUUUAACUGUUCACAUGAGAACACACACAGGUGAGAAGCCCUACCUGUGUUUCACCUGCGGGAAAAGAUUCACUGACUCCUCGGCCUUUAAGAGACAUCUAGCCGUCCACUCAGCUGAAAAGUUAUAUUCCUGUCAAACUUGUGGGAAAAGUUUCAUCACGAACAGCCGUCUGACGGCCCAUGUGAGGACUCACACAGGAGAGAAGCCGUACACGUGUCAGACAUGUGGAAAGAGUUUCACAGAGAGAGGAACUUUAACUUCCCAUGUCAGAGCGCACACAGGCGAGACACCUUACACCUGCAGCAUCUGUGAGAAAAGAUACAAGGACGCCUCAGCUCUGAGGAAACACAGGAAGUCCCAUUCACGCGUCAAUUGAGUCCCAGCGGAGAAACGAUGAGCAGAAAACUGUUUCUCAUAAAAUGUCAUACAUUUUGUUUUUCUGUAU